GCAUGGAUACGUUUGGAAGUGGGCCGGAUAGUGGAUAUUGUACGGAACUGGUAGAGGGAUUGGUUAGCUUUAGCGAGCUAGCUGGUAUCACAGCACUGGGAUUGAGAGGCUGACGCUGUUGUUUUAUUAUAAUAGUAGAAGAAAAUAAGGGGUCCAUGGAGGAGUCUGGAAAUAUUACUGUGACUGUUAAAACUCUGGACUCUCAGAGCAGGAGCUACACAGUCCGAGGAGAGUGGACGGUGCAGGAGUUUAAGGAGCACAUUGCCUCCUCGGUCGAGAUCCCAGUGGAUAAACAGAGGCUGAUCUACCAGGGCAGGGUGCUGCAGGAUGACAGGACACUGACCGAAUACAAUGUUGAUGGGAAGGUCAUUCAUCUCGUCGAGCGGGCUCCUCCUCAAACCACGCAGUCCGGAGGUGGAGGAGAUGCUGUGUCUGGCUCAUCAGGAGGAGUCGGAGAGGCAUCAUCUGGCUCGACUCCUUCGUCUACCUCCACCUCCCAAGGAGUGCCACAUGACCGCAACGGUAACAGCUACGUCAUGCUGGGCACCUUUAACCUCCCGGUGAACAUCCUGGACCCCCAGCAGAUUCAGAUGUCUGUGCAGCAGAUGAUGGCUGGUGUUGGGGAAGGAGGGCGAAAUGCCAGAGUCAACACAAGCACUGGGAGCAACGGAUCUGUGGAUGUGCGUAUUAACUUGGACCAGUCGGCUCAAAGCGAACCGAGGAUAAGGCUCCAGUUGGCGGAAAACUUGUUGCGAGAGACUCAAUCUUUAAUUAACAGACUGGAGGGUCCUCAACAAGCGAGUGAAGGAUCCAGCCAGCAGGUGCCUGCAGAUUCCUCUUCAUCCGCGCAACCAAUGGACACUUCCCCACCUCCACCUCCUGCCUCUUCUUCCUCUUCCUCCACCUCCACGCAAACAGAAGGCCCUCCUCACUCUGGACCAAAUCACCCAAGCCCUUCAGAGCUGAUGGAGGUGCUCUCAGAAGUGCGGCGGGUGGAGGAAAGGCUCCGCCCCUUCAUGGAGAGAACUCAUUCCAUCCUGGGAGCAGCCAGUACUGCUGAUUACAACAACAACACACAAGAGCGCGAUGAAGACCAGCGCACCCUCAACGUAGUCGGCGAGUCCCUUCGGCUUCUCGGCAACACCUUGGUCGCGUUGAGCGAUGUACGGUGCAACCUGGCCGCACAGCCUCCCCGCCACCUACAUGUGGUUCGGCCCAUAACCCACUACACGUCACCUAUUGUGCUGCAGAGCGCUCUGCCCCAUAUACCAAUACCAAUGAACAUCGGAACCGCUGUUACAAUGACCUCUAAUGGCAGACAGGCAGGUGAAGGUCAGCCUCAGCCAUCUCAACCGUCUGGCCAGUCAGAGGAGCAGGAUCAGGCACCGUCCUCUCAACCCAAUGGAGCCAAUCAGAUGCCUGGUCAGGGGACGCCUCAUCUUAUCAGAAUCACUCAGCAGACCAUGGAGCCUGUGGUGAUGAUGCAGAUGAACCUGGAUGAUUCAGGCAGUGGAGCUCAGGCCCCAGGCCAACAGAAUCCCAACGCUGCUGGACAGACUGGCUCCACCCCACCCAUGCACAUCCCUGGCUUGCCUCCCGAGUUCAUGCAGGCCAUCGUGCAUCAGAUCUCCCAGCAGGCUGCUGCUAUGGCCACCGCAGCCUCAGCUGGUCACCACGGACAUCAGUCAGGCACUCCUGCACCAAACGCCUCAAACGGAGAAGCACCAGCUGCUCCUCCACCACCUCCACAAGCCAGAGUUGUCAUCACCCGACCCACCUUUACCCCACGGAUUCCUCAGCCUGCCGGCACCAGGACAGCUACCAUCAACCUGCGUGCGUCGGUACCACCCACCACCGGCCAACAACCUGCACAGGGCCCCUUGGCUAAUUCUCCUCUAACUCAGAUGGUGAGCGGUUUGGUCGGGCAGCUGCUAAUGCCGACGCACACAGGUGAUCAAACAUCCACUGGCUCUUCAACCCAUUCGUUCUCCUUCUCUACCUCGUCCUCCUCCUCCUCCUCCUCCUCAACUGUUCCUUCCUCAUCAGCCAAUACAUCUACACCUACCUCUUCUAACACUACCAGCACAGCCUCCACGGGCCAGUCACAGAACGAGGGUCCGGAUGAGAACUUGCCCCACCUGUUGGGCUCUCUCUUGGGUGGGGCCGCAGGAGUAGGUGGGAGUGUUUCCGGAGGCUCUCCUUCCAUUACAGUGACGAUGCCCGGUGUGCCGGCCUUCAUCCAGGGCAUGUCUGAGUUUAUCCAGGCCAAUCAGCCUGUGUUUCCUCCUCCCCCGAGCCAGCAGCCUCAGCCUGCUUCCUCUGCUCCAUCUGGCCCGUCUCUGAACCCUCCUCGUCCUCCCAGCGGAGGAGGGGAGACGCUUAGCCCAGAGCUGUUCACAGGCAUCGUGCAGGGCGUGCUGUCCACCAUGAUGGGUUCUCUAGGAGCCGGUCAGGGAAACAGCGAGAGCAUCGCCCAAUUCAUUCAGAGACUUUCUCAAACCAGCAACCUCUUCACUCCUGGAGCUGGAGAUGCUGUGGGAUUCUUUGGAGAUUUGCUGUCUCUGGUGUGUCAGAGUUUCUCCAUGGUGGAUAUGGUGGUGUUGCUGCAUGGCAACCCUCAGCCUCUGAGUCGUAUCCAGCCAGAACUCGCUACCUUCUUCAACGAGCACUAUCUCAAUGGACGAGAGCCUACUGAUGCCAAUAUUGCUACCGCUGCUGAAGAUCUCAUCAAUGGACUGGAGGAGUACAUCGCUGAGAGUUUUUCCACAGUCACAGUGAGAGAGGGAGUGGACAUCAUCCAGACUAACAUGUCCUUCCUCAGACAGCAGUUCACCCGCAUGGCAACGCACAUUCUCCGCUGUACAGAUCACACGUUUGGUCCUCGCUUGCUGUUACUCUGCACUCAGGGUCUGUUUGAGUGUCUGGCUCUCAAUCUGUACUGUUUAAGAGGCGAGCAGAGGGCGCUUACGGCGGUCAUCAACCAUCGCAUUAGAAGGAUGUCUGCAGAAGUAAAUCCCAGUCUAGUGAACUGGCUGACCAGUAUGAUGUCCAUGAGACUGCAUGUGAUCCUGGACCAUAACCCGGUUACAGAGGACCAAAUCCAGCAUUAUGUUCUCUACACGCAGCCUGAUUCUGACGCGAGACUGGAGUCGAAUACAGAGACAGUCCAGCAGACGGAGAGCCAGAACGUGGAGAUGUCUCCAGCACCUGCCACCACUGCAGAGGAGGCCAUGGCAUCUUCAGGAGAGAGAACUGACACUAGACAGCCAGCUCCAGAUCUCACGCCUCUUCACAGGCCAUCCUCGGUAAACACACGCGAACCUGCUGGAAUGGCAGCUAAUGGGAGGGAGGGGUCUGGAGCGGAGGCGGAGCCAUGGGCAGCAGCCGUCCCACCUGAGUGGGUGCCCAUCAUUAGGCAUGACAUGCUGUCCCAAAGGAAAAUAAAAGCUCAGCCUCCGCUGUCUGAUGCUUAUCUUCAUGGAAUGCCGGCUAAGAGGAGGAAGACUGCUCAGGGUGAUGGACCGCACCUUUCUCUCUCCGAGGCCGUGACUGUCGCUGCCCGAGCAGUAGGAGCACGGCCCAUCACUACACCAGACAACCUGCAGGGGGAGCUGGACACACCAGAGCUGCAAGAUGCUUACGCACAACAGAUCAAGAGCGACCUAAGGAAAAGAGUCGAGGAGGAUCCAGACUACAAUUCUCAGCGUUUCCCAAACACGCACAAGGCUUUCUCUGAAGACUCCUAAUGUCAUCGUUCAAUUUUUUUUUUUGCACAUUAUUUCAAGCUCAGCUGAAUUAGUUAAGUAUACGCUCUGUAGUCAGUCAAUAGAGGAGCUGGAUUCUUCUGUGAAAGGGGCCGAACACUUAUAAUCUUCACUCGUCGUGCAAUAGCCAUCGAUGGCUAUUUAUUAUUGUACCUGAUGUCUCACAAUGAUGUUUUCUUUUAACGGAUUUCUGCUGUCCGUCUGACUUCAGUGUGCCGAAACGUUGGAGGAUCGGUCACAUUUGUGACAACUGUAUAAAAGAUUUAUACAUGCAUUGAGGCACCAAUAAGGCAAGGGCUUCACGAAGAGGAAGAGUUAAUCUAAUACAUGUAGAGGUCUUAGAAAUGCCCAUCAGUGGCUCAAUGCCAGUCAACUUGUAGCAUCAAGCUUUGUUUGUAUUGUAAAAUAGAUUAACAUUGUUGUAAUGACUUGUUUUAAUAGUUGCAAUAAUAGCAGCUAUCAUACACCAUGUAUACAUGAUGUUAAAAAAAAAACAUUCUGGCUCGUUCACCCAAGUAGGUCUAUUUGUAAUUUUCAAUAUAAACAAACACAUCAGGCUGUUAUAAAUCCGUUCACUCAGAAUGUGUAUUUAGCGAUAGCAGAGCAGUCGUGUGUAAUUCCAGUCAUCCAAUUAAAUCCAGCGGCCAAUCAGUGUCCUCAGUUUUAAUUGUCGAGAUGCAUACCGAUUGUGACCGUGAUGUUCCACAGCAGCAUCCGUCCCAAAACUCAACAUUUUAAUCUACAUGUAACGGAAUCAGUGUUUAAAAACUUCUUUACUUUACAGUGUCUGAUUCAUGAUGUAAUAAAAUCCGUUUUUCAUUUUUAUUCUUGAAAAACUAAAGAAGUGGCUGUUUUUGUUUAUUUACGCUAGAAUUUCCCCUCAUCUAAACAGCUACAAGGUCCGAUUCCUGCCCGGCCCUGUGUGGGCGGAGUUUGCAUGUUCUCCCCGUGCUUGCCCAGUCCAAAGACAUGCAUGAUAGGCUGACUGGCAUGUCCAAAAGUCUAUGAAUGUGUAUGUGAUUGUGCCCGGUGAUGGAUUGGCAUCCCAUCCAGGGUAUACCCCGCCUUGUGCCCCAUGCUCCCUGGGGUAGGCUCCAGGUUCCCCGUGACCCUGUAGGAUAAGCAGUAUAGAAAAUGAAUGGAUAGAAACCACUACUAAAUAGAAAACUGCCUUUCCUAUGUUUUGAUCAUGAUGACAACAAAAAACCACCAGAUCUGAAAUGGUAAACAGUGCCUGUACACUUUAUUAUCCACACCAGAAUUUGAGUUAUUGGCAGCAAAUAAAUAAAUAUAACAUCAGACCAAAGAUUCAGUUUCCAUGUUGAUUUUUGGGGGAUCAUUGAGCUAAAUUUUAAAGUGCAAGCUGUAGAAUGUAGGACGUGUAUUGCAGUUUCAUUUUUUUUUCUCCUGGAACUUGAAUCUGCAAUGGUUUUCAAAAUCUUGUCAAAGAACACAAACUUGGCUCUGAACAUAACACUGAUCAGUAAAGCAACACAGGCUAAUAAAUUCACAUAUUUAUACAGAAGACAAUCCGACACAGUUUUACUCACGCCACCUGUAUUAUUCAAUUACUUCAGCUGAAACACUGUGGCCAAAAGUAUGUGGACACCUGACCAUCACACACACUCGUGGUUCUUCCACAAAACUGGAAGCACAUAAUUGUAUAAGAUGUCUUUGUAUGCUGUAGCGUUACAAUUUCCCUUCACUGGAACUAAACCUGUUCCAGUAUCACAGUGCUCCUGUGCACAAAGCGAGCUCCACGAAGAUAUGGUGUGUUAAGCUUGGAGUGGAAGAACUCGAGCGUCCUGCACAGAGCCCUGAUCUCAACCGAACUGUAACACCGACUGCACCCCCAGACCUCUUCACUUAUCACUAAUGCUCUCGUGGCUGAAUGAACACAAAUCCCCACAGCCACGCCCCCCAAAUCUAGUGGAAAUCCUUCCCAGAAGAGCGGAGGUUAUUAUAACAGCAAAAGGAAAAUAAAUCUAAGCUGAGAUGUUCAACAAGCACAUAUGGGUGUGAUGGUCAGGUGUUCAGACCUCGCCGUAUAGUGCAUGUGUUAUCUAUACUUCGGAGAUCGGUUUGCAAACCGGCCGGGAAAUGAAUCAACAGAUCUGGAAUCGGUCUGUGCAGUAUCACUCAUUUGGUACUGAUUAGGAAAGCAAAAAACAAAUAGAUACAGUACAAGGCCAUGGCUGUGUUUCAUUCAGAAUUAUGGACACCCCCUUUUCUGUCCUUCAUGUGCCUGUCACUGAUUUUCUGGAAAGGCAAAAGCAGUUUACAAGCGAGAGGGAUUAUGUGCUUUAAGAGUGCACAGUCUACGUUGCCAUUUUAUCAGGUUAACCCACCAUAUAGGUGCACUUUACAGGUAUAGACCAUAUUAGAUAUAUACAGUUUGUUGUUUUUUUUUAAGGGACCACCCUAUGACUACUGCUGCUGAUGAUUUGAGUGGUAGUCCAUACUGACACGAGUUUAAACACUUCUGGAUCCUCUUACCAAAGCUGCCCAGACAACCCCAGUGCCAUGAAGACAAUUAAAAAGACCUGUGUGUGAUAAAAGUGCACUAGUCGAUAACUAGACACCUACUGUGUGCACCCACAGCGAUGGAACCUGAUAAACUGCCAACGUCUGCACAAGACUCCAACUAGGGAAGGAGUAGUGAGUGUACAGGUGCAUCUCAGAAAACUAGAAUAUCAUGGAAACGUUCGUUUCCCACCACCCCACCCCCGUAAUUUAAUUCAACAAGUGGAACUUUUAUAUAUUCUAGAUUCAUUACACGUAAGUGAAAUAUUUCAAGCCUUUUUGUUGUUGUUUAUUGAGAUGCACCUUUACAAUGCAGUGAGUUCUUAUCUUAUGUCUAGGCAUUUUCCAUGCCAUUCUAGUAAGAUACUAUGCUAAUCCCUGAUUUCAUUUCUGUCCUAAAACAGUCAAAAGGCUACAGAGAGACACUUUUUAUCCACACUGGGGGGUGAGCUGUACUCACGGACUACGUCAACAUUGCUCAAUUAGCAGUGCGAAUAAACUAUAUGAAACACGGUACAGUGUUAAUAACCGCUACAACACACUUUAUGACGUGCAGUUACAGGAAACUGAUCGGCGAGCGGGUGGCGUGAUUACACAACGUUUCCACACUGUUAACAGCAUGUCCUGAAGUCUUGUAUUCCUGUUAAACCACAGCAAUUUGCACAUGCUUACUUUUUUUUUUCUUGCAGAGCCAAACCUUUUACUUUUUAUCCGUUUACAGUCGCACUAAAUGACACGGAACUUCUGCGAAACAACUUAUCACUUUACAUUUCACAAACUGCGUUGUCCUCUGUUCUGAAUUUCUAAAGACUUGAGAAAUGACGAAUUCGGCGUUGCUGUGGUAUAAAUGAUAACAUUCCACUAACGUUACACCGGUCUGUGCUUUACGCUCCGUGUUACAGGAAAGACGAGCACUACUUCAGCUUACGUAUAACAGGUGAUUAUAACAACUAUGUGUACCGAGUAAGAUCUCCUCUCAUCCCCUGCCUUAAGCGAGCAUAGCUGUGCUGACUUGUUUUAACUGUGCAUCAAAACAAAACUUUCUUUUUUUUUUUAAUUUUAUUUUUUGGAAUAUGUCAUGAGGUCACCGAGGGUAACUGCACCUCCAUCUUACCACCCACCUAGUUCCUAGUUCCUCAUAAUAGGCAGGUGCAAAAAAAACAAACAAACAAACAAAAAAAACACACACAACAACCACCUUGUAACAGUUGCAUGUAAAUCUACAUGUAAAUCUUUACAGUUUGACACAGAACCUCCUUUUAGCCCCAAGUGAUUGGUCUGCGUUUGAAAUGCACGCUACUCUUGACAAACUCCUGCUAGAAAUCUCCAUGACUGUAUUUAAGACGGUUGUUUUCCUAAAAGGUAAACGGUAUUCAUGACACGGCCCAGGUGGGCAUCUUUUGCUUUUCUUUUAUUUAUUUUUUUUUAUUGUUAUGGUCACUGAUUCUGUUCAUUUAUUAUUAUUUUUGUUUUAGAAACUAUUUCGUUCAAGAUCUUUUAGUCCAUGGUAGAUUUUAAGCAGUAUGGAAGUAAAUGUUGUAGCGAAUCCUGCAUCAACUUUGGGAUGUCAUUUGGUACAGUAUCACUUAAUAUUCUACAGUUAAGGGAACGAUUGGAC